AUGGACGGUUUUCCCCCUAUGCCGGUCGAGAUUGCCCGUCUCAUCGCCAUCGAAAUUGUGAGAGCCCGCGGCAUAAAGCGCGCUCUGCGCCUACGCCGUGUCAACCGCUCAUGGGACCACGGGAUCGUGGAAGCAAUAGUGGAAUCAGGAAUCCUCGAGGAAAACCCCAAAAAGAAGGCUCAUUGGACUCUUUUAAAGGCCAAGUACGUCAUGCACAAGCUGCAACAGCGCGAAGACCUACUAUCGCGAGGGCUCCGCAUCGUACGCAAGGCUGCGCAGCGUCUCGUGGCCCUUCGAACAGGCAAACCAGAGUCCGAGACUCAAGAGGAAGUCCAAAAAGUCCUCUGGGAGUUUUGCAAGGCUACACAAGAUUUCUGCGGAGUUACCGAUGAUUCGUAUUUUGAGGUGCCUAAAGAGAUAGAACCUAUCGAUGAUUCGGACGAGGCUUUCAGGGGAGCUAUGGUUGCUGGCGCGGUCGCAUUAAAAGACCUGCAUCUUCUCCGGCAAGUGCUUCCGUUAGUGGAAGACCAAGACAGUGAGCAUUUGAUCUACAUGCAAACGGACAUGAAAGAUUGGGUGCUCGGCUGGCCGCUAGAUAUUGCGGCCUAUAGAGGUCAUACUGAAGCGCUGCGUAUGCUGUUCGAAGUUCUGAAGCAUCGCUUGGGAUUCAUAAAUGCAUAUAUGACUGCAUUAGAGUAUGCGAGCGCAGCCAGUCAGAUUAAGACAGUCAAGCUCUCUCUAUAUCCCCUCGGCGAUUCAACUUGCGACUACCCAUACGAGUAUUUCCUGUCAGAAAUGAAAAACAAAACCCCUGAAGUAUUCGAUUGCCUCUACGAGUGGCGCAAAGACAACUUACUCAAGAGUCAUUAUAACCCUUGGGAAAUCCGGGAUAUAGAACACGCGCGGUCAGAACUUCGAUCUCAGGCAUACUGCUGGUCCACCUCAUAUGGCAACCUUCCCAUGAUGAAGUACCUUGUGAACCACGGAGUCCCGGCCAAGCUUGAUAGUCGACUUCCCGACGACGGAGACACAUACCACACAUGGAUGAGCGUUGUUGCGGACGGGGGGUACGACGAUGUCAUGGAAUUCUUACUGGAAAAUGGGCAAGAAAUCAGCUCCCAAUCACUCGAGUAUGCUUGCCGUCACGGAAGUCCCGCUUGUGUAAGAAUUCUCCUUGAACACGGCGCCAAGGACACUCUCAAGCCAGGGAAUGCUCUUCUCGAGGCCGUCAAGGGAGAACAUGAACAAGUGUUGAGACUAUUGGAGUCGGACGGCUCGGUGAGUGAAGGUCACAGGAAACGAGCGCUGGAAUUCGCGGAGAAAGAAGGCUUGGAGUCAAUGGUCCAGCUCAUUAAGGAAUACAUGUAG